UAUGUUAAACGCUGGUGAUAACAUUCAACGGCAAUGCCAAAAACUAGCUGAACUAACUCCGGUGUUCUACACAUGCAUCAAACAGAAUUUAUUAUCACACGCAGUUGGCACAGUGAAACUGCAAAACGUGAGGGGAAAGCACAACAAUAACAACUGAAAGCUAUGAAUCUGAUAAAUAUGGAUUCGGAAAAUCGGGUCGUGCUGAAUGUUGGCGGCAUUCGGCACGAAACGUAUAAGGCGACAUUGAAGAAAAUACCGGCCACAAGAUUGUCACGCCUCACUGAGGCAUUAGCCAAUUACGAUCCCAUAUUGAACGAAUAUUUCUUCGAUCGACAUCCGGGAGUCUUUGCUCAAGUACUAAACUACUAUAGAACCGGCAAGCUGCACUAUCCAACAGACGUUUGCGGGCCUUUGUUUGAAGAAGAGCUCGAGUUCUGGGGCUUAGAUUCGAAUCAAGUAGAGCCAUGUUGUUGGAUGACUUAUACGCAGCACAGAGACACACAAGAGACAUUGGCGGUAUUAGAUCGUCUGGAUUUAGAUACAGAAAAACCGUCCGAAGAGGAAUUAGCGCGUAAAUUCGGCUUCGAGGAGGACUACUACAAGGGCACAUUGUCUUGGUGGCAGGAAAUGAAACCGCGCAUUUGGUCGCUCUUCGAUGAGCCGUACAGUUCGAAUGCGGCCAAGACAAUCGGCGUUGUUUCGGUAUUCUUCAUUUGUGUAUCGAUAUUAUCAUUCUGCCUGAAAACACAUCCCGAUAUGCGUGUGCCAUACCUCGUUAAUACAUCGGUGAAUACGGCCAAUGGUAAUAUGGCUUGGUAUAUCGAUAAGCCACAAACAAAUGCGCAUAUAGCUUUCUUUUAUAUCGAAUGUGUUUGUAAUGCCUGGUUCACGUUCGAAAUACUGGUUAGAUUCAUAUCCUCGCCAAAUAAAUGUGAAUUCAUAAAGUCAUCUGUUAACAUCAUAGAUUAUAUAGCAACGCUUAGUUUUUAUAUCGAUCUUGUGCUUCAACGGUUCGCCUCACAUCUAGAGAAUGCCGACAUUUUAGAAUUCUUCUCGAUAAUACGUAUUAUGCGUCUAUUUAAAUUGACGCGCCAUUCGUCCGGCCUUAAAAUUCUAAUACAAACGUUUCGUGCAUCGGCAAAAGAGCUCACGCUGCUGGUGUUUUUCCUCGUAUUGGGCAUUGUGAUUUUCGCAAGCCUAGUUUACUAUGCGGAACGUAUACAACCGAAUCCGCAUAAUGAUUUUAAUAGUAUUCCGUUGGGUCUGUGGUGGGCACUGGUCACAAUGACCACCGUCGGUUAUGGUGAUAUGGUGCCGAAGACCUAUAUUGGCAUGUUUGUGGGCGCAUUGUGUGCGCUUGCCGGUGUGCUAACGAUCGCACUGCCCGUACCCGUCAUUGUGAGCAACUUUGCCAUGUACUACUCGCAUACGCAAGCACGAGCCAAACUGCCGAAGAAACGGAGAAGAGUGCUUCCGGUUGAACAGCCCCGUCCACCAAGGCUGCCAGGUCAAACGGGCGGCGUCAGCGGCUGCGGUACACCCGGCUCUGGUCCACAUUCGGGGCCGAUGGGAUCUGGCGGCACCGGUCCGCGUCGCAUGAACAAUAAAACCAAGGAUUUGGUUAGUCCGAAAUCAG